AUGGGUGCAAUUCUGAGUAGUAUUCUACGAUCCUUUCGAAUGUGGCCAGUUAAACAGUACAAAAUUCUCAUCCUUGGACUAGAUAAUGCAGGAAAGACUACGUUACUUUACUGGCUUCGAUUACACAACACUAUUGUGACCGCGCCAACUGUUGGAAUAAAUGUUGAAGAAGUGAAGUUACCACAUUGUGGAGCUAGUUUCGUUGCCUGGGAUUUUGGUGGACACGAUAAAUUACGUAUUUUGUGGUCGCGAUUCUAUGAAGGCACCAAGGGGUUGUUAUUUGUUGUGGACAGCUCGGACAUUAGGCGUCUUGAUGUGGCGCAUGAAGCGUUGAGGCACGUCCUUGACGACCCCCUCAUGGAAACCGUGCCUGUGAUUGUGGUGGCGAACAAGCAAGAUCUUCCCGGUGCUAUUAGGCAAGAGGAACUGGAAAAACGACUCAAGUUGUUCAGUCUAACAAUGGAGGGGCACAAAUGGUCCAUCAUUCCGACAGUGGCCACGACUGGAAAAGGACUACUGGAAUCCAUGGAAGCUCUGGCUAUUCUGAUCAAAGAAACAAUGGAGAAUGAAAAAAAUUCCACAUAA